UAACCUCACUUUAUGCAUUAUUGUUAUUUACUUUACAUUGUGGUCUUUUUAUUUGUAUAAAAAAUGUCCUAAAAUGGUGUUUUUGACGAAAAACUUACUAGCCAAAGUGAGAAAACCUGUUAGAAACUACCUGAAAUCCGGUUUUAGAGAUUCAUUACGUAUUUUGGUUUCUGGUGGCCCUGGAGGAAAUGGUUUACCCAAAUUUGGAGGUGUAGGAGGUAAAGGAGGAGACGUUAUAGCUGUAGCCAAAGAAGGUCUGACCUUGGAAAAAGUGUUUAAACAGAACCAGACAAAGUCAUAUAAAGCACAACCAGGGAAAAGUGCUUCACAUAAUUUUAUUUUGGGGCCUCCGGGGGAGGACCUUAUUUUCGAAGUUCCCACGGGAGUUAGUGCGGUUACAGAGCUAGGAAAACAUUUAGGGGAAUUGAACAAUGACGGGGAAAAACUCUUACUAGCAAGGGGGGGAACUGGUGGGCAUUCAAAAAAUGGUUUUCUUGGUACCAGAGGACAAAACUAUCCAGUAAAAUUAAUCCUCAAACUGAUUGCCGACAUAGGACUUGUAGGCUUUCCCAAUGCUGGAAAAAGUACUUUAUUAAGGGGCAUAUCUGAUGCCAAACCCAAAGUAGCCAGUUAUCCCUUUACCACUGUUAGGCCCCACUUGGGUAUAAUAACUUAUAAGGAUCAUAGACAGAUUUCAGUCGCAGACCUUCCAGGCCUUAUUGAGGGAGCUUAUGCUAAUAAGGGUAUGGGACAUGAAUUUUUGAGGCAUGUAGAAAGGACUAAAUUGCUUUUGAUGGUGGUGGAUAUUAAUGGGUUUCAGUUGAGUUAUGACUAUCCACAUAGAGACUGUUUGGAAACUAUUAUGUUGUUGAAUAAGGAACUGGAACUCUAUGAUAAAGAACUCCUUAACAAACCUUCCCUAUUGUUAAUAAAUAAAAUGGACACUGAAGGAGCUAUGGACAAGUAUAUGGAGGUUAAAAAUAAUUUGAAAAACUUCAAAGAAUAUAUGUCAAAAUAUGAUGAAAAUCGCAGACCGACUAGAAUAUUAAACUUCGCAGAUAUAAUCCCAAUAAGUGCGAAAGAAAGGGAGUCCGAUAUUGAAAAAGUGAAAAAUCGGUUAAGAACUUUGUUGGAUGUGUUAAGUGACCUGGAACGUAACGAACCGGACGAUUUGUAUGGAGAAUUAAAGGGCCAAAUGACCGAGAGAGGCCCAAGAUUAGUAUAAGUCAAAUAAAACCGUUAUUUUUU